AUGGCCAUUAGAUUCACAGCAAAAGUUUUCUCUUUAGAAUUUCAUUGUGAAAUAUAUCCAGCAAAUAUGUCAAUUCUGAAUUAUUCCAUCUGCCCAAUUUGUUUAGUUUCUGUAUGCUUGGCCAUCCUUCACUUACUCUCCAGUUCUAGAAUUAAUGCUGCUUCUGAUCAAAUGCAUUCAGCAUCAAGUACUGGAAGUGAAGGGAAAGCUCUUUUAAUAUGGAAAGCCAGUCUUGACAAUUAUAGCCAAUCCCAGUUGUCAUCGUGGUUGCCUUCUGUCAAUCCUUGCAGUACUUGGAUUGGAGUUCGAUGCAACAAAGCUGGUCGAGUAUCGGUAAUUAACAUCACUAGUUCUGGCAUCAAAGGUACACUUGAUCAUCUCAAAUUUUCUUCUCUACCCCAUAUAACUAGAUUUGAUCUUUAUCGUAAUGCCCUCCAUGGAACCGUUCCUGCCAACAUUGGGAACCUUUCUAGAUUAAUUUAUCUUAGAUUGGCUUCAAAUCAAUUGUCUGGUGCCAUUCCAAUUCAAAUAAGCCAGCUAACCAAUCUUAGGUUCUUGUACCUUUCCAAUAACUCAUCCAAUGGCUCCAUCCCGAAAGAAGUUACGUUUCUCAUGUCUCUUGUUCAUCUCUCUCUAACAGUAAAUGAGUUUACUGGAUCAAUCCCUUCUUCUAUUGGCAAUAUGACUGACCUAACUGUGCUAGACCUUGAAGGCAACAAACUUUCAGGAUCCAUUCCAGAAGAGAUUGGGAAGCUCAGAUCUCUUAUUGAACUCUCUUUAGCUUCAAACAUGUUCUUGGGUUCCAUUCCACAGUCUAUUAGAAACUUAGGUAACCUAACAUUUUUGUAUCUUACCAAUAAUUUUCUUUCUGGACCAAUCCCGGAAGGAAUUUGGAGCCUUUUGUCUCUAGAAGAACUUUUAUUUCAAAAAAACAAUCUAACCGGUAACAUUCCCAAUUCAAUUGGCAAUUUGAAGAUGUUAGUUUUUUUAAACAUCUUUGGAAAUGAGCUUACCGGACAUAUUCCUUCCUCCAUUGGAAAUUUAACCAAACUCAAGUAUUUGGAUCUUUCUCAAAACAACUUAUAUGGGGCUAUCCCUCCCGAAUUGGGAACAUUGAAGUUACUAGCUUAUAUUAGUAUUUUCGAAAACCAGUUAAGUGGUGCUCUUCCAGAUGGAUUCAACAAUCUUACACAUUUAAAUGUGCUAAUGCUGUCUCAAAACUAUCUUACUGGUCAUUUACCCCAAAAUAUUUGCAUUGGUAGAUCUCUGACAAGAUUCGUAGUAUCUGAAAAUAACUUUGUGGGUGCCAUGCCAAGGAGCUUGAAAAACUGUUCUAGUUUACGAGUUAUCAAUGUCGCUGACAAUCAACUAUCAGGAAGUAUCUCUGAAGAAUUUGGCAUCCAUCCAGAUGUGGAAUUCAUUAAUUUAAACAAGAAUAAAUUUUUUGGUCAGUUGUCUUGGAAUUGGAGUGGCUAUCUGAAUUUGACAGCAUUGGGGAUCUCGAACAAUAAUCUUUCGGGUAGAAUACCAAGUGGGCUUGGAGAGCUAUCUCGUCUACAAAUACUUUAUCUUUCUUCAAAUCACUUGCAUGGGAAGAUUCCAAGAAGUUUGGGGAAGUUGACUUUGUUGCUUUCGCUUAAGCUGCACAACAACAGUCUCUCAGGCAAUAUACCAUCAGAAAUUGGUUAG